AUGUCGCGUCCUUCCAACAUCCCGUCGGGAGGUGAUGCAAGGCCGGUUUGCAAGAUAUUCAUGGUUGGCUUUCCGACAACGCUGCCGGAUUCUACCCUCAGCACCGUGGUGGACAUGGUCGGUCACCUCGUGCCAGACGCGUCUGUCGUUCCAUACGAGCUUUUGGACCCCAGCGAGAAUGUCAACGCUGAAUCAGACGGACGUGGCACUGGCAUCUCCCUGCCGUUGGAUUGGAUCUUCACCGAAGCCAGAUGCCUUCUUGAAACGAUGCAGAAAAGUGCCUCCAAGCAAGAGGAGAUAAUUUUGUCUGGGUACGGACUUGGUGGCAUUGUCGCAAAGCAGCUGGCCUCCCAAAUCUCUUCGCUCAUUUUUUUCGACGUGCCACACGAGUCCGCCAGCCAUCAACCAUGGGAAGGCUUGUUAGUCAACCUCGUCAAGACUACACCAUCGGUGAAGCUCCAGAACAGCCUGUAUAGCACUGUAUCCCGACUCGCACGUCGCGUUGCGGAGCUGUCCACCUCCUUCUCCAAGUUUGAGCCCAAGUACCGCAUUAUGAAUGUGUUCCCACAUCACGCUCAUGAGUCGACAGCACCAAUGAGGGCGUCAGUCGAAGAAUCCUCAAGUUGGCUCAACAGCCUGCGCCGCGCUGUCCAGUGGCCCGGGACGGCCCAGAUCGGAAGCUGUAAGGUGGAUGAUAUUCCCAGCCUGCGACUUCUCAGGACGUGUUUCACGCCAACUUGGGACACCAGAAGUGUCGACCCAAGCCCACCUCCGCACAGGCUGGCAUAUUUUGAUGCGUUGAAAACGCUCUCUCCCUCGACACGCAUCAUCUACGAGAAUAUGGCCCCGGAUGCGGUGGAUACAAUGGGGACCCUCAAAGCCGUUUACGAUAAAGAGUUCCAGCAAUGCAAGUUCUCAGCGGUCCGGGGAGGCAUUGUGUAUGUCACGGCGCCUGACGGCCGGGGAAGGUCAGCUGUGGUCAAGCUGCUGUCACGGCACCUGCAAGCUCAAGCGUCUCUCGUCGUGAUUGACAAUUUCCCCGGGCAGUUGAGCGACGCGGAGCACCCCACUGCCUUCUACAGCUUGAUGGUCUCGACCUUGCACCACAUCCUAUCCCAGAAGCCAAGCCUCCUUACUCGGCCCGUGCAGAUGCUGAUGAACGAGCUGCUUCAGAGGGACGCCUGGGCCGAGGGCGCGGUCCAGAACCUGCUUUCAGUGCUGUUUGCAUCUUGUGACGCAGACUUUCUUAUCGUUGUUCACGAUUAUGGGUUCCCCCUCUGGCCGGACGUGGCUAGGAAGUGGUGGUCCGGCCUCGUGGAUGAGUCGAGGGAGACGCGCCGGUCGGGCGCUUCCAUUUGCACCCUCCUCGUGAGCGGCACGGGGCUACAGAAUGACAAGCACCAUGCUGGGAGGAACCUUCAUCGGCUUGACUUGACAGAGAACUACGAGCAGAAAAAGGCCGACUUUAUUCGCAAGGAGUGCGCCCGAAUCCUCGCCGAGAUUGGAUCUGCGAGUUCGGGCUUCUUGCGGGGCGCGCGCGGAAUACACAUCCAAAACGAGAUCGUAACCAGAGUGCUGAGCAUCCCCGGGUCCUUUGGCGAGAUCGGCCGCUAUCUUGACCACCUUCUGCGAGGCUUGACUCUGAGCACCCCGAGGGCUAUUCUCCGAAGAAUCGGUCCGAUCCCCGAGACGACAAACGAGUUCUACUGCGGCUAG